GGGAAGUGAUUGCAGGCUGUUCCUCCUGGUCGCUGUCACUUUCACGGACCAGCAGCGGUGGGCAAUCAUCGUUGUCACCAGAGCCCUUGAAGGGUUUACUUUACUAGAGUGAACCGGCACUAACGUCACCUUACCCGGCACAUGCUAAAAGAUUGGAGUCAAAUGACAAAGCAACUGAAGUAAAUCGAAAUUGCACAUAAAAAUGAAGGAUGCAUCUGAAUCCAGAACAAGUUGCCUUAAUUGGACAAGUAUUUGAAUCUUAUGCUGUAGAACUCCAUAAAAAUGAUAUCAUCCAUAUUCUACAACAGCCAGAUACUGGUGCUCACUAUCCAGUAAUUGUGAAUGCAUUGACGCUGUUUGAAAUCAGUAUGGAGAUUGGUGAAUACUUAAAUGCAUUUCCUAAUGAAAUGUUUCCAAUAUUUGACAAUGCACUGCACAGAGCAGCCAUGACAAUUCUGCAGUCAUAUCCAGAGCCACAUAAUUUGGUGAUGAAACAAAAAGUUCACGUGCGAAUUUCAGGAUUGCCACUUUGUCCUGAACUGACAAGAGAUCGCAUACCAAAAACCCGAGAUGUUAGUCAUUUCCUCUCCGUUAUUGGGACAGUCAUACGAACUGGAAUGGUGAAGGUGUUAGAAUUUGAACAUGAGUAUAUGUGCGACAAAUGCCGUCACAUCUUCACAGUGACUGCAGACUUUGAACAGUAUUACACCACCUGCCGUCCUACAUCCUGCCCAAACCCAGAAGGUUGCAACUCAAUGAAAUUUACAUCCCUGUCUGGGUCCAUGUCUUCUCCUGCCAGUUGUAAAGACUACCAAGAAAUCAAAAUUCAGGAGCAGGUUCAGAGACUGUCUGUGGGAAGCAUACCUCGAUCUUUGCUGGUUGUACUUGAAGAUGACCUUGUGGACACUUGCAAAUCAGUGAGUCCUUGCAAUGUCCCUGAUGAUAUUGUAGCAGCCAGAGCUCCAGGGGACAUUAUCAUUGGAGGACUUUUCCCAGUCCACAAAACGAUAGAAAAUCUGGCAAAUCGGACUCAACCAGGACCAUUACAGUGCUCAGGAUUUGAUCCUUCCAUGUUUCUCCAUGUCCAAACUAUGAUAUAUACAAUCGAACAGAUAAACAAUUCAACCUUCUUACCUGAUAUAAAACUGGGAUAUGAAAUUUAUGACAGCUGCUCCAAUGUUAUCGCUGCAAUACAAGCAACCCAAAGAUUUCUUUCCAAAUUUAACUCCUCAGACAGCAGAAUUGAAGUUCAUUGUAAUUACACUAAAUACAAUCCAAAUGUAAAAGCAGUUAUUGGGGGCUUUUACUCAGAAAUAUCAAUUGUAGUUGCAAGAUUGUUGAAUCUUUACCUUAUUCCACAGGUCAGUUAUGGAUCAACAGCAGAAACACUCAGUGACAAGACAAAGUUUGCGUCAUUUUUACGGACCAUUCCAAAUGUCAAUCAUCAAACUAAUGCCAUAACCAAACUUAUGCAACACCUAAACUGGAAACGGGUCGCGGUUAUUGCUUCUGACGAUGCAUAUGGACGGGCUGGAUUGAACAGUGUUAUCUCACACGCAGCAUGGCGCAAUAUAUGUGUUGAAUUUCAUGAAUUGAUUCCAAUUUUUAAGGAUGAAUACCAAAAAGCUAAAAUUAAUGCAACAGCUGAAAUGAUUAUUAAGUCAACUGUACGCGUUAUCAUCGCAUUUGUAAGAUCAUCAGAAAUCAUCAAAUUGUUCACCAUAUUGAUCCAACGGAAUAUAAGUAAAAUCUGGAUUGCCAGUAAUGUCUGGUCCACUUCUCAGGUGAUUGCCAGUAUUAAUAAUAUUGAAAAGAUUGGAACUAUUUUGGGCUUUACAUUCAAAGGUGGAACAAUUCCAAAUUUCAAAGAUUACUUAAAGAAGUUGCAGUCUUACCCCUCUGAUGCUGACAAGAUUAUUAAAGACUACAUAAACUUUGCAAAUAGAAGAGAUGAAAAGAAACCAACUCGGAAAAAUUCAAACUCACAGGGAAAUAAAUCUCAAGAAUGUUACCAAAUUGUUGAAAUUUUUAAUGAACCUGGCAUCUAUGGUGUAUACUUAGCCGUCAAAGCAAUAGCUUAUGCUCUUCAGGAAAUGUUUAAUUGUACCCAAGGAAACUGCAACCAAAAUUUUAAUUUCCCACCAUGGCAGUUGUUAAAUGAAUUGAAGAACGUUAAAUUUAAGACAGACAAUGAGCAAUUUGAAUUUGACAGUUCAGGAGAUUUCUCAAAUGGAUAUGACAUAAUCAAAUGGAAGAUGGAAAAUGGUUCAACACAGUUUGUCAAUGUUGGUAACUACGAUGUGAAAAAGCAAAUGAUUGCUUUCUGCAGAAACUUAGCAGAGGGAGGUGCUCUACUUGGUGGUGUGAAUGCACUGCAUACUUCCUUUCCGGAAAACCCAAAAGACCAAUACAAAAUGCAAUGUGAACUGUUGCUCGAAAGGUUGGGCCUAAAUGAUAUUCUCCAACAAGAACUACAAAGGCUUGACAGUGUUCAAAAUGAAAAUGGGCACCAUCUAUCUCCGAGAUGUACAAACUCAAGUGACAAAACUAAUCAGUUUUCGGAUUCCGCUCUUUAUUCAACAAGUGAUGAAAUGAAGCCCAGUCCUGUUCAAGAUGUUGAACAAUCCGAAGGUGGUCUGACCUGGUUUGUUAAUUUUCAAAGUGAAAAUCAUGAAAUGGAGUCAAAGGAAGAUGAAGUGGUACGGAACAAAUCCGCCACACAAAACGUACCAUCAGAGAAUUCUUAUCAGAGCCUUUUUCCUGGUUUACGUGUCAAUUCUCCGCCAAUAAAAAAUCCAGAGGGGGUUGCAACAAGUGCAAAGACUCCAGACGUGAUCUCACCACCUGGACGUUCUUGCAAUGCAGAUCAUGUGAAUUCUGUUGGUUCAGCUACCAAAAAUGCAAAAGCUGACAAAACAGCUGGCACUGACUCCCUAAAGAGACUGACAAAUGCUAAGAUUUCUGCUUCUUCAAACACAUCUUGUUCUGCUGUAACAGUGCAUGUAUCAAAAAAGCUUCAUUCUUCCCGGGUUUCACAGAGUGGAAUGUUGUACAAAAGUGGCAAAACUUAUGACAGAAGUCACCCAACUGAUUUAAGUGAAAUUGGUGGAUUUUCUAAUCUGGUCGGCACUUAUUCAAAAAGCUUCUGUACGUCAAAUAACGAUGGUUCAGACCAAGAGCCUUUGCAUAGAAUGCAGCCUGCAUCAAAUAAGUCAAGUUAUCCAAGUGGAACAAAGAAUAUAGUGCAGGACAGUGGAACCGCUCCUCAAGAAUCUGCAACUAAUGGGAAUUCCAGCAGUCUGCUGACCAAAUUGAAAACUUUUGCAUUCAAACCACAACAGAAGCUAAGACACUCGGCUGGGCACAAUUCUACUCCUGAAUCUUUGCUGCAUUCUGAAACUGCAGACGUUGGGGUGUUAAAUACUGAAUUGAGGUAUACUUUACAACAAGCAGCACCGGCCAGAAAUCACGGAAAAACCACCCAAGCAGGACAUGCUUGUACCACUAAAAGUAAAUCUGCACACAAAGUAAAAAGCAAAGAACCACCUGUGGUAGACUGUGGUAAAACUGAAACAUCCCUCAAGUUACAGAAAACUUUAAGUACCACAGAUGAAGUGCAAAAUUUGACACUGUAUAAAUCAAAAAGUCCACUUUCUAUAGAGCCCAAUACAGACCAACAAACUAGCCAUGGUUCAGCUGUAACAAGCCAGGUGAAAGUGGCCUCCAGUACAUUGGCAAAACUUGCAAGUUUCUCUUUUAGUUCACCAUCUGAGAAGAAAACCAAAAAUGACACAAUAGAAAAGAAGGCAACUAUUGAGCAGCUGAAUAGCAUGGCACAAAAUGCAGACACUGACUGUGCAGCAUCAUCUAGAAAAAGGAAGACUUUUGGGUUAACAUCAGCCGGCACUAUGACCAGUGUUAUGAGCAAAUACCUCUUCUCUACUGAUGAGUUGGAAGACGAUGGCGUUCUGGAUUUUGACUGGGAUGAAGAAGCAAAGAAAAAACCCAGAACAUAAUUGAUGUCUUUCAGAGAUGUACCUCAAUGGUUUUUCUUUAAAAGUGUGCACAUAGGUUAAUCAUAAGGUGAAACAAUCCAUAACUAACAUAGUUGUGCAUUUUAUGAAUGUAUGCUCCUGACUGACAGUUCUGUUUAGGUGUGUUUUCCUCAUGUGUGCUUUCAAUGUGUAAAGGUAACACCCAUAACUUAUAUUUGUGAAAUUUCCAAAGAGGCAAAGGAAAUGAGCUGAGUUGAUUCAACACAUCUGAAACUCUGAUGGUGGUUGAAUAUUAAUUGCACCAGACAAAGUUGCAAAUAUGGUGUUACAAUCAAGAUAAUUUUUUUUAAAAGAAAAUUUGUUUUUUGGUUUGUAUCAAGUCAGUCAGCUGCAUUUUUUUUUGUAACUGUACAUUUUAUGCUUACUAAUUUUAAAUGAAAUAAAUAAGUCUUUUUGGUAGUUGAUGAUGAUAAAGAAACCAAAAAUUUCUAUUGAAAGAACACUUGCUUACAGUCUGAAGUAGUUCACUUUGUCAUAUUGCAUUCUCACUGUUAUGUUUAAUUAGCAGAUUUUGUUUUAUUGAUUUAAGAAUAAGCUGUACGUAAUUACCUCUGAGAAACUGUCAUGGCAUCUUUUGCCUCCUGAGAAUUGCUGGUAAAUUACCCAAUUCAUUGCAGAUAUAUACGCUCAUUCCAUAAGUGAAACCACACAAGAUCUGAAAUAAAGACACAAAAUGCUGUAAAUACUCAACAGGCCAGACAACAACUGUAGAGUGUAAAACAGAGUUAAGGUUUCAAUGCCAGAGGAUUUUUUCUGCCAAAGGACAUAUCGUGCUGUUUGGUGCAGGAUUUCUUCCUUAAUAUAUUUGUGCUUUUGACAUAUUAUCACCAGAAUAUUCACUUACUGAAAUAAUUACUCACUACAAAGUUUAAAACGAGUCGAUUUGUAAUCCAGUUUAUAAUGAAUACAUACAUUCCUCCAGAUAAAUACAACAAAAUCACCACAUAUGUUUUCAAAAAACAGACCCAACUGGUUAAAAAAGAGAUUACUAGUAACUUUAUUUCCAGCUGCUCAAGAAUAAUGUUUGUUGCAUCAGUGGCAUUAACAUGGGAACUAUGUUGAUGAGCAAUUAAUUACUUAAUUGUUAACCUGCUGAAUUGUCAUAAUUAAAAAGCAAUAACAAACCCAAAUAAUUCAGCAUCAAUUGUACUUUUUUCUUCCAAACAUUGUCAAAAUGUCGGACGCUUGCCACCCUGUUUCCUCACAAAGUAAAUAAGCAUAUACUUUAAUAAAAUAAAGGAAUAAAAAAGAUUUAUUGGUAAAAAAAUUAUUUGUACCUGAAGAAGGUCUAAUGCGGAUACUUUCCAUUGCAUCUCAGCAACCAUAUUUUUUUUUUAAAUUGCUUCCCAACAAUGAAUUAUAAGAUUGCUGAUCAUGUGCAUUUUUGUUGUCUUGACAAAUUUGAGUCAUUCUUCUUCAGAACUUUCAAUUUUAUAGAAUUAGAUCAACAUUAUACUGGACAAUACUGAAUAGUAAGCUCCUGCAAUUGAAUCCCCCAAUUGAUGAUAGAUUACAUUUUGUUGUUCACGUGAGCAAGUAUAUGUUAUGGGGCAUUCAUAUAAUGUGGUCGGAACUGUUGUAACAAACACACUUUAAUAUUUAUUUUACUCCAGAAGUAACAUGUCACUGGAAA